ACCCUAGCUGAUUAAAGAAGCUCAUCCUCUACUCGACCAUUUUCCCUGUCUGCCGUUCCCUCGUGUUCAGCUCAAGCUCUCCCGUUCUCGUCUGAAACUCCAUCCUCCGCCGCUGGAUCAGUGUUCACCUCUCUCACAUCUCUGCCACUUCCCGCCGUCAACCAUGGCAGCCGCCGCUAUAGCUGCUCCUGUUGCGGUCGAACCAACGGAACCUCACUAUGACGUGAAGCUGUUCAACCGCUGGAGCUUCGACGAUGUCCAGGUCAGUGACAUUUCACUGGCGGACUAUGUUGGAGUGGUGCCUGCCAGGCAUGCAACUUACGUACCUCACACUGCUGGGAGAUACUCAGUGAAGCGAUUCAGGAAAGCUCAGUGCCCAAUUGUGGAGAGGCUUACAAACUCACUCAUGAUGCAUGGAAGAAACAACGGAAAGAAAUUGAUGGCUGUCAGGAUUAUUAGGCAUGCAAUGGAAAUUAUCCAUUUGCUGACUGAUCUUAACCCAGUCCAAGUUAUUGUUGAUGCUGUCGUUAACAGUGGUCCACGUGAAGAUGCAACCCGUAUUGGAUCUGCUGGAGUGGUUAGGCGUCAAGCUGUGGAUAUCUCACCUUUGAGACGUGUGAAUCAGGCUAUCUAUCUCCUCACAACCGGUGCUCGUGAGUCUGCUUUUAGAAACGUCAAAACUAUCGCAGAAUGUUUGGCUGAUGAACUUAUCAACGCUGCAAAAGGUUCCUCUAACAGUUAUGCAAUCAAGAAGAAGGAUGAGAUAGAAAGAGUUGCAAAGGCCAACCGUUAAGUGGCUGCAAGAAACCGUGAUGCGAUGAGGAAAUUGGUCUCUGCGUGUUGUUUAGAAGAUGUCGGAUUUACCCCUUCUUUUGUCUCUGCAACAAGGAGAAUUUUGUCUGCGUCAGGGGGAAAAUGAAAACAAUCUUAUAAAAGGAUAUUUGAGGAAGAAAUUAAGGGCAGUAAAUUGUUAUAAUCGUGGACAUUCAACCAUGAAUUUCAAUAAAACACGCAUGGACCUAUAUGGACUAAUUUACUA